ACAAGAUGGCGUACACCGUGCGACGCUACUUUUGACGUUCGUAAGUGAGUUUUUUGGAUAAACGAUAAUAACUAAUGAAGCAUUUUGGGCCGUAUUAAUUUCGGCCCAUUUUCGAUAAAUUUAAUACGGAUAAUGCGGUUGUUAGUGUUUAUAAAGUACCUCAAUCGACAACCAAUCAGAAUUUCGAUAAUAAGAAACGUAAAUCGUACGCGGGGCACGAGGACCCGCUAUUGGCUAGCUUACGAGAGACGAUGAUGGCUCCGUGAUGGGAGAACAUGGCUGCGACGCAAGCGGAGAGCCAACAAAACGAUGUAAAGUUGAACGAUACUGUGAAAUGCACCCAGAAAAGAGCACAACUUAGUGGUAAUAGUUCAAGUGUUAGUGCAAAACAACAGCUGGAUCAGGAGCCGGCCGAUAAGGUAACCCGGGGCGCGGCCCAGCUGCUCAAGUAUGUGAAUCGCGGGGACGGCGACUCAGGUUUCGAGAUGAGUCAAUAUCGUGAGGACAUUAGUGGACAUACCACUGGUGAAGUAAAGUCACCCCGGGAGGUAAUACAAAAUCCCCAGGAAUCAAGUGGUAAACCAGAACCCCACGAGGCACCUGGUCAUCCCGGGCACCCGGGUCAUCCCUACAUUGGGCCCAACGUGCCGCGAGAUUAUUCUGAUGAGUAUGCUGUUAAACCUACAGAUUAUCCAGGUAAACCAUCUAACGAGUAUCCUGGAAAACAAUUGGAUUAUCAUUCAAAACCACCGCUCAAUGAGAGCGAACGGUCGCACCAUUCGGAUAUGGAGGAUCAUUACUCGACUUCUAAAAUAGAGCCACGGCUUGCUCACAUUGGACCUGGUCCUGGUGGUUUUCCUGGCCAACCAAGAUUUCUUUCUGGGCAAAGUAUAUCACAGGCCACUGGGCCUACUCCUACACUAAAUCAACUGCUUCAAGCAACAACAGUGCACAGGUUUCAUGCUAAUUACCCAGGGAUUGGACCAGAAUCUUAUCAACAACCCUGGCCAAUGCAGAGACCACCAGUUGUGCCACCUGUGUAUCCACAGCCUGGACAGAGACCUUCUCAAACAGGAUCUCCGAGGUUACAUCCAGGACCUGGUGGUCCCAGUUCACCAACUCCAAUGCCAUAUCAACCGUAUACGGCACGUUAUCCAUCACCAGCACGAUCUCAUUCACCUUAUGGACACCAUCAAAUAAACUCGUAUGCCGCGCAAGCAGGUCACCCUCCAACUCUGUAUCCAGAGCAACGUGGUGGAUGGAAUCAAGCAGGACCGCCUAAUGCACCACCUCCACCGCCUAAUCAGGCAAACUCUUCGAGUCAAUCACCACAAAGAACACUUUCGCAGUCACCUGCACCACCACCUUCUGCCUCACCGCAGCCACAACCGGCUGGACAGCAGCAGAAUUAUCACAAUAUACAACGAUCAACAACUCCAAAUACUCAAGGAAUUGAUUCUGGGGAACUCUCUGGUCAAAAUAGUAAUGACAGUUCGAAUGGACCCGCCGGCCCAGGAACUCCAAAUUCCCAGGGGAUGAGGCCUACCCCUUCACCUACAGGAUCCACGGGUUCUCGGUCAAUGUCCCCCGCCGUUGGCCAACAAAACGUUCAGAUGCCUCCUCGUCCCUCGAGCAGCCAGUCAGAUGGUAGCGGCCCAGCACGAAUGAGUCACUCUCCAAUGGCUACUCAAGGAGGUUAUCAACAGCCUUUAGGGCCGUCGCCGCACAUGCAUGGUUAUAAAUUAAACAGUAGUGGUCCUGGUGUACCAACAGGUCCUGGACCUACUGGAUUAGGUGGCAUGGGACCAAUGGGCAGUGGUAUGGGAUACGCUGCUGGUGGAGGUGGUGCUGGUCAACCUGGUGGUUAUCCAUCACAAGGCCCUGGAGGUUAUCCUCCUCCACGGCCUCAUAUGCAAUUUCCUCAGAAUUAUCCACCACCAACGAAUUCACAGCCACCUCCUAAUAAUCAGUAUCAACCGGCCAGACCGAACAACAUGGUGCAAUAUCCAUCUUAUCCGCAUAAAAUGGGAUUUAAUAGCGUACCACCGGGCAUGCCACCAAGUCCAGGACCUCCUCAAGGUUAUGGAUCAGCAAGUGGUGGAGGUUUAGUACCUCCAAAUGCACCAGGAAUGGGUGGUAGUAUUGGCAAUAUGGGUCCACCGACAAGUUCAAUGGGUCCACCACCACCUUCACCAAAUCAUAUUGGGAAUCAACCGGGUCCACCACCACCGCCACCACCACCACCUGGACCACCAAGCGGACCUAUGGGUCAUCCACACCCACCCGCAGCUACACCACCACUUAACCACGAGGGUAGUCCAAUGCCACCACCAAGUACGACUCCUAAUUCACAUCCGGCGCCAGCGCCCACGCCCACCAGUCAGAGUUCGGCCGAUCUCGCGGCUGAAACUUCAAAUGAUAGUGGGAUAACUACUACAGCAUCAGGUACCACAGCAAUCAACGUGACAUCAACAUCGAGUGGUACCGUUACAUCAGUCAUUACGACCGGCCCGGAUGGCACAUCAAUCGAUGAGGGCUCUCAGCAAUCUACGCUCUCAAACGCUUCAGCAGCAUCCGGUGAGGAUCCAGCGUUUACGCCAAAGACCCGUAAGGAAAUUUUUAAUGCCUACCACAGUCAUCCAACAACACCGCAAAGCACCGUGCCAUCGCCCGGAGCCGCCAGCAUCAAUUCUGUCCAUGAAGAGUACCCGGAUAUUAACAGUCCCAGCUGGCCUCGCACACCCGCCAGUCCCGUGUUUAACAGCCAUGUGCCUCAAGACCCGUACAGAUCUAAGAAACCCGACAGUUUGGCGAAGCUAUAUGAAAUGGAUGAUUCGAUAGAGCGAAGAAACUGGUUAGAUAAACUAGUGGCAUUCAUGGAAGAGAGAAGAACACCGAUAACAAGCUGUCCUACCAUCUCCAAGAACCCCCUCGAUCUAUUUCGUCUUUACCUCUACGUGAAGGAAAGGGGGGGCUUCGUGGAGGUAUGCAAGGUUACGAAAAACAAAACGUGGAAGGAUAUAGCAGGUUUACUUGGAAUUGGUGCAAGCAGUAGUGCAGCUUACACGUUGCGUAAACACUACACGAAACAUCUACUUCAUUUUGAAUGUCACUUUGAUCGUGGUGGAGUAGAUCCACAGCCAAUUAUCAAUCAAGUUGAAGCAGGUUCAAAGAAAAAAGGUGCUAAAAGCACGGCAUCUGUACCAUCACCAGGCUCGUCUAAUUCCCAAGACUCUUUCCCUGCAGCUGGAUCGAGUAGUGCAUCAAUGGAUGGCUACGGUAAUUAUCAAGGCAAUUAUCAGGGUGGCAAUCAAGGUGGUCCACCAUCUGAGUACACACCUCCGCCACCCAGGCCACCAAGCCAAAGCAGCGCGCCUUCACCUCAUCAAGGGAUGCAACAGGGAAAUUAUCAGAGUGCGGGAUCGUAUCAGAAUUAUCCUCAAGACCAAUAUAUACGACCACAAGCUCCUUCGAUGGGUCAACAGGGGGAGUUUAAUCAACCAUACACACCGCGCUCGCAUUAUCCUCCGUACGUGCCGGAUGCUGACAGGGGCUACCCCGGCGGUAACAUUCCACCUAAUAGUGCUGGGGGUCAAGACAUGUAUAAUAGAUAUAGUGGAGGACAACAACCAACGGGUUAUCCAGCUGGAUCAACUCCUGUUGGCAGAAGUAGCAGUUACCCCGCCUCAACACCAAGUCAUGGUGUUAAUGCCCCACAACCACCAUCCACAAGUCAGACCUCUUCACCUUCUCAGUCACCUGUCAAUCCAACUUACUCGUGUCCACAGGAUUAUUAUAGACAGGAGCAGGGUGGAUAUGGAGCACCUGCUGGAAGCCAAAUGUACCCCGCUGGCGGAGCAACGAACAAAAAUAUGCCACCACCACCUCCGGGUCCAACGCAACCUAGACGUCAUCCCGACUUUGCCAAAGAUCAGCAGUAUCCUCAAUAUAACCAGCCGCGGCCUCCUUAUCCGGGAUGGCCAGGCGCAACUAAUCAGUAUAAUCCCGGCAGUACGAACAACAGGGUACCUUAUCCAAAUCAACAACCUCCCCCGCAAUCACCACAACAGCCACAACCACCACCUACGCAACCUCCAACCGUUUCAGCAAAUACGGUCAGUCCAGUUGUUGUUGGUAAUAUAACCAACAAUACUCCACAAUGGGCUAGUCAACAACCAGCUAGACCAUCUUCUCAGCCAAGUAUAAAUGCUAUUCCUCAUGCUCCACCACCAUGGGACAAUCGUUAUUCACAUCAACCCUCUUCUCUUUACCCAUCACCUGGCUCGCAUCAGGUGAGGGCUACGUUACUGAGUCAAUUAAGUAUGAAUCCAAUGAUUAACCAACAGCCGACACCUAAAAGAGAAAUGACAUUCCCACCUGACAGCGUGGAAGCUGUUACACCAUUAUUGUACAAGAGACGUAAACUCACGCGUGCUGAUGUCGCACCCGUUGAAGCUUGGCGAAUUAUGAUGGCAUUGCGGUCUGGACUGCUUGCCGAGAGCUGUUGGGCUCUCGAUGUACUCAAUAUACUUCUAUUUGACGAUAGCUCAGUGAGUUACUUUGGUUUGACGAAUCUUCCUGGAUUAUUGGAUGUAUUACUGGAGCAUUUUUCACGUUCUCUUUCUGAUAUGUUUGAUUCAUCAACAACUGAAGAAGAUCGUUGUGGUUUUGAUAAAAAUGCUGAUAGUCCUGAGGUUGAUCUUGGUGCAGUAUCACGUCCAAUUGAUGCUGAAGAUCGUACAAAGUUACUUACUACCUCUAAUUAUACCUUCCUAUCUCGACGUGGUCGACCAGUUAAAAUGGUGCCUCGUGAUGAUGAUAUAUUUGUAUUAGAUACUCGUCGACCGUGGGAUCAUACAGACGUUGAACCAGAGGGUGAACCCUGGCAAGUUGAUCCAAAUGAUACAAAAUAUAUUAUAACGUGUUUUCAAUCUGAAAUAGGUAUGGCACCAUUUGCAAGGCAUUUAAGAGAUGAAAAACCACCACUUUUACAAAAAGAAGUUGAACAUACGGAGAUUAAAGAGGAAAGUAAAUUAGAUGCGUUACCGGAAAUUUUAGAAUGCCACAAUAAACCUGUUGAAACUACUGAUAAGUUAAGGGAAAAUGGUGAACGUAAACACCAAACGGAAAAAAAGAAAAAAACGAAAACGUUAAGUGAUGUUCUUUCGAGGAUAAAAAAGGAACCAGUGGAGAUGAAUGAUCUGACAAGAGAACUUUUUGAAAAAAAGAAUGAUGGUACCAAAAGAGAUUGUGAUCCUGAGAGUAAGCCAAACAAUAACAUGAGUGAACAUAUUGUAUUUUCAAAAUCAGAUGAAGACUCGUCUUUUCCUACUCCCAAUGGCCUCAGUGAUUCUGCGAGUACGUUUGACUCAGAAAAACGUGAAAUAAAAGUAGAAGAACCAGAACAAGAAAAUGAGGAUGAUGCAAGUAGGAUAACAACAAUACAAACAACACCUGCUAUUACUACAACAACAACAACAACUACUACUACUACUGCGACAACAACAACUACAACUUCCAGUACUGUAACAGCAGCAACAACAACAACAACUACUACUACUACUACUACUGCAGAAGAAGAGGAAAAUAAAGAGGGACCAAGAUUAAAUGUUCGAGAUCCAGCUGGUACUCUCAAACGAAAACGGAUAAGUGAUUAUGAAGAUGAAAGUUAUUCAAGAGACGAAGCGAGUCUUUAUCUUGUUACCGAGAGUCAAGACAGUCUUGCACGACGUUGUGUUUGUCUCUCAACAAUACUCCGUAAUUUGACUUUUAUUCCUGGAAAUGAAAUUGAAUUUGCUAAAAAUGUAACUUUUCUCAGCAUACUUGGUAAGCUUCUUUUGCUGCAUCAUGAACAUCCAGUGAGAACGCAAAAAACUAGAAAUUAUGAUCGUGAAGAAGAUGCUGAUUUUGCAGACUCUUGUAGUAGUCUUCAAGGCGAGAAUGAAUGGUGGUGGGAUUUUCUUUAUCACAUACGAGAAAAUGUUCUUGUGAUGGCAGCAAAUAUUGCUGGUCAAACAGAUUUAAGUCAACAUCCUGAAGAAAUAUCUCGACCUGUAUUGGAUGGACUUCUUCAUUGGGCUGUAUGUCCUGCAGCACAUGGACAAGAUCCAUUCCCAACGGUAAAUUUUACGAGCUCGCUGUCACCACAAAGAUUAGCCCUUGAGGCAUUAUGUAAACUUUGUGUCACCGAGAGUAAUGUCGAUCUUGUUGUUGCUACACCACCUUACUCCAGACUUCAAAGACUCUGUUCAGUGCUAACGAGGUUGCUUUGUCGAAGUGAAGAACAAGUGUUACGUGAAUUUGGUGUUAAUUUAUUACACUUUUUAUCGGCAGCUGACAGUGGAGUAGCACGAACUAUUGCUCUUCAAACACCUUGCGUUGCACUUCUCGUCGCGUUUAUUGAACAAGCUGAAUCUAGUGCUCUAGGAGUUGCUAAUCAACACGGAUUAGCUGCUCUAAGAGAUAAUCCUGAAUCAAUGGGUACAAGUCUUGAUAUGCUAAGACGUGCAGCUGGUACAUUAUUGAACCUCGCGAGGCAUCCAGAUAAUAGAACAUUAUUACUACAACAUGAAUCGCGUCUUCUAGCACUUGUUAUGAGUCAAAUACUUGAUCAGCAGGUGGCUGCUAUUGUUGCGCGUGUGUUGUUCCAAUGCUCCAGGGCAGCUGAAGAAAUAAAAAACGUGGGCACACUCAAAGAAUCUACUAAAAGUCUCACCUUUAGCGAAAACAAGAAAAAAAAAAAGGAAAUAUCGCAGAAAGAAGUUAGCAUUGACAUUGUAAACAAGAGCAAGAGUGCGUAAUAGUAGAGAUUUAAUAAAAAAAUAUAAUAAUAAUUAUAAAAAAAAAAAUGUAAACGAGAUAUUAAAAAUAAUAGAAAGCGUGUAAGAUCGGCGUGUUGUGCUUAUAUAUAACUAUGGACAAAAAAAAAGCAAAUACGAUUCGAUAAAUGCUGAUUUCAUAAAUAAAAUAUUAGAAAAAUAAAUCCGAAUGGGUGAUAUGUCGUUAACACAUAUGGGUAAUAAUAAUAAUAAUAAUAAUAAUAUUCAUAUUGUUACGCGUUUGUGUGUUGAGAGUCACAAAUAAUUAAAUUUACGCGUUACGCAUAUUAAUGAUGAAGAGAAGGAGGAGGUAAAGGUGAAGAAAAAAAAAUAAAAAUAAAGAAAAAAUAUUAAGGAAAAGGAAUAAAAUAGAUGGGUUAUUUAGAAGGAACUCGCAUCUGUGUAUGUCUAUUCUCGCGUGCUUAAUUGAUUCGUAGAUAAAAGAGCGAGAGUGAAAAAUAAAAGAGAGCAAGAGAAAAUAAAUUAACGCGACGAAUGGAAAUCGGUGUAUAACUAUUGGGGUAUGGGGAAUAAAAUGGUAUUUGUAAAAAAAAUAAAAAUAAAAAAAAAAAAAAAAAAAAAAAAAAAAAUAAAGAAAAAAAUGAAAAAUAAAAAAAAAUAAAUAAAAACAUGAAAACAAGAAAAACAAGACAUAAUUUUUAAAAAAUCAGCUUUGUCAACUUAUGAUAAAAAUUAACAGAAAAAAAAACUAUUCAAGUAAUUCAGGGAAGUUGUAAGCAAAAUGUUUAGUCGUGACUUUUUGUUUUUACUUUGAUUAUAUUUCUUUUAAUUUUUUUCUGUUUCUGUUCCUGUCGUUUUCUCUUUCAAUACUGUUGUUAAUUAAUUAAUUGUAUAAUUCCGUUUGUCUUUGGUUUAUUAUUAUUAUUAUUAUUAUUAUUAUUAUUAUUAUUAUUAUUAUUAUUAUUAUGGUAAUAAUUAUUAUUAUUCUUCUUCUGUAAAAUAGGACUCAUAAUGAUUAUAUUUAAGACACAGAUUUAAAGAGGAAACGAGAAAGUGAAUGAAUGUAUUUGUUUAUGUAUGAAAUAGGGAGAAUGUAAUGAUACAUUUUUAUUAUUGAAUGAAUUUAAAUAAUAAUAAAUAUAAAUAAAUAAAAAAUAGUAGAAAUUUUUUUUGCGAAGAUAAAUAAAGGUAAAAUAAAUAAAAAAUACUAAAUAAUGUAUGAAUGUGUGAAAUAUGUAUGUAGAAAUCUAUAAUGAUAACAAAGAGAAUCAUGUUAUAUUUUUUUUGUCGUAAUUGUUUAAAUAAUUGACUAAAACUAUCAUUUAUAAAUUUUCUUACAUUUUAUUUUAUUUUUAUUUUUUUUUUUUUUGUGAAUUAUACGACAAAAAAAAGUGAAAGACUUUGCGGGCUGUAGAAACUAAAUCUUUGAUACACAAUUAAAUAAUUGUGAACAUAUAAAUAUGAUAGAGAGAUAAAAAUAUUGAAAAAUGAUAAAAACAUAUAAAAUGGGCCAAGUGCUAGCUUUUAUUUGCAUAUUUAAUUGUCAUGAUUGUAUACAUAUAGAUGUACAUUUAUUACAUAUAUGUAUAUAAUUACGUAAAGUAUAUAAACACAUACUUAAAUAUAUAUACAUAUAUAUUAUAUACACAAAUACACAUCUGACGAUCUCUAUCUUAUUAGAAAGUUUGGCCAGCAAUCAAGUACGUAGAUUAGUGUUUUAUUUUUAUUUUUUUUUAAAGUCACACAAUAUAUUACUAUUAUUAUUCAUGUUUUGAUUCAAUGUCAUUAAUUUUUUGCCUCAUUUAAUAACAAUUAUUAAUUACUUUUUUUGUCGUUACAUUCAUAUUUUAAUUUUUCUAAUCAUUGAAUUAUUUACCUGACCCCCUCCGCCUCUUCAUUAUUAUUUAAAUGUUGAGAUGAAUAUUAAUUAAUUUAUCAUUGGGGACAUGUGAUUUAUUUUUUAUUAAAAAAACAAAAAAUACUGCGAGUAGUUAACAACAAAAUAAUAUGGCAAUAUUCGCCCAUAAAUAACGAUCAGUGAAAAAGUAAAUAAUAACACAACACAUACUUUCCCUGAACCUUGGCUUACUCCCCAGCCCCCCCAAAGUAUCCUACUAUAUAGACAUCUUGAUACGUGUAGCUCUUAAAUUAUUUACUUUAGUUCGAGUGGAGAUGCCUGUAAGUGUAAUUUACUAAGACUUUUUGUAAAUAAAUUAUGAAAUAAACUAGAUGUACUUUAUCCAGAA